ACUGUCUUGCCAGACGGGCCCCGAUACUACAGUUCAUAAAUGCAAAUAUUCUCACCCCUUUAAGUGACAUAAAUCUCCAGCAGAUAAGUGUUACACUAGACAGAUUAAAUGGUUGUUCUAAAAUCCCCGAUUACAGAAGUCAACGAUUAUGAGACUUGUUUAUUAGCAUAAAAAAAGUAGAAGGCAAGUGGAGAAGGCAGGUAGUGGGGAAGACAGGUGGCUAACAAAGUGUGAUGAAGGCAGGUGGUAGAGAAAGUGGUGAAGGCACUUUAUGGUGAACGCACUUGGAUUUGAAGGCAGGUCGUGGGAGGGGAGGCUAUGAGGAAAGGUGGUGGUGAAGGCAGGUUGUGUGGGAGGACUCAGGCAUAGGACGAAGUCCUGAAUACAAGGAUUCAGUAAUGAGAAGACUCCUAUUCGAUAUAUCUCACAGGUGGAAGGAACUUAAGGUGGAGUUUGUUGCUGGUUUCAGGGAGGUGGGAAAGAAGGUCCCAGAGUGGAAGAGGAGGUCUCAGUCUUGGGGUAGGAGUCAGAGGGUAUAUAAAAGAGGAUUUGGCGUGUUACUGCCACAGCUCGCCUGGUCGCUGCCUGGAAACCUUCACCUGUGCUGCCAGUGUUGUGUUUCUCACAUGAAUCUCUCUGUCAGAAGAGCAAACUAGAACACUUGACAGAAUGGCAAGGCUGCCGUUAUCAGCUGUGUUCCUGGUGGCAUUAGUGAGUGUGGCGAGUCCUCAGUGUAUCUCCAACAACGACAAGUUGUCCCUGCCCCUCACCCCUGACCUGGAGCACAUCAUCCCCUUCAGCUUGGACCUCCUGAAGGAGUUCAACCCACCCACCACCAAGGGAAACUUUUUCUUCUCCCCUUAUAGCAUCUGGAACGCCCUCGUCCUGGCUUACUUUGGGUCGGCUGGACAAACCCGUCAGCAACUACAGGAUGUCCUGCGUCUGAGUGACCCUUCAAACACUCUGGCAACCUACAAAGCCCUAGAACGCUUAUACGAGGAGAGACAAGCGAAUACCAGUGAAUAUGUGAUAGACUUAGCCAAUAAAAUCUAUGUCGACGACAACUUGGCUAUUCGGGACUGCAUCCAAGAGGUCCUUCCCAAAGAGGUGCAGAAAGUCGACUUCAGAAAAGCAAAUGAAGCAGCAGCGACAAUCAAUAACUUUGUGAAGGAAACAACACGAGGCAAAAUCCCAACAUUAGUGUCAGGUGGCGACGUGGAACGUGCUGUGAUGGUAUUGGUGAACGCCGCCUAUUUUAAGGGUCUCUGGAAGAGUGCCUUCAAGCCUACUGACACCCUCAAGAAGAAUUUCUACCCCACCCCGGACAAAGCCAUCCUCGUUGAUAUGAUGAACCAAAAAGACAGUUUCAAAAUCGGUGACUCGAACGAUCUGCAGGCGAGAGUGCUGGAGAUGCCGUACAAGGGCGAUGCUGCUUCCAUGUUUGUGUUGCUGCCUUUUAAAAAUGCUAAAGGCAUCACCACUUCUGCAAGCACCUCUGCUACACCCCUGGACACUAUGUUGCAACGUCUCAAUAAAGACACUUUCAACGCCAUCGUCACAAACCUUAGAUAUGAGGAAGUUAUUCUCAAUUUUCCAAAAUUCAAGUUGGAACAUAAAAUUACUGGAGAACUUACCGAGACUCUUCAACGUCUGGGAAUUAAGGACCUGUUCACGAGCGCUGCUAACCUCUCAAACUAUGAUCCUGCUGGACGACUAUUUGUGUCGAAAGGGAUCCACAAGGCUGUGGUGGAGGUUACCGAGGAGGGCACAGAAGCAGCAGCAGCUACGGCUCUAGUUGCGGUCCAAUCAUCGUUCGUCGGACAAACAAAACCCCCUCGUCUCUUUACUUGUGAUCAACCCUUUCUCUUCGUAAUUACUGACAACGUUAUCAAAAACAUUCUCUUCAUGGGGAUUUUCAGAGAUCCAAACAACACCUCAUUUUGAAGAAUGGAGUAUACCAGAUCAUAACAAAUGAUAGAGAGAAAGGUCUAUAUAGUUUCUAUACCAUACGAAUAUUUUCAACAUCACUUAGAGAGAUUUGUAGUUCGUCGACUACACAUUGGUCAUUACUUCAACAUUUCACACAUCAAGAAUAUGAAUAAAAGCAACAUUUUUGCUGAAUGUAUUCUGCACAUGCAAUCUAUUCUAAGGCAGAGAUAAAAACAUAAAGGAGGAACAAUGCUGUAGGCCUGUUGGCCCAUGCUAGGCAGGUCCGUCACAAAUCCAUCCCACUAACAGAAUAAACGCUACCCAAGCAAUAAGCUUUGACAAUUCUAUUUAUUCGCGCGCAAGUCCCACUCGAAUCCAACUCCUCUCACUCAUGUAUUUAUCCAACCUAAAUUUGAAACUACCCAAGGUUUUAGCUUCGAUAACCCUACUAGGCAUAAAGUUUCACUCAUCAGUUACCCUAUUACCAAAUCAGUACUUUUCCAUAUUCUUUCUAAAUCUAAACUUAUCUAAUCCGAAACCAUUAUUGCGGGCUCUCUCUUCAAGGGAUAUCCUCAAAACCUUAUUUAUAUCUCCCUUUGUUAAUACCCAUCUUCCACUUAUACACUUCGAUCAUGUCUUUCCUCAUUCUUCGUCUUACAAUUGAAUGUAAUUUAAGGGUCUUCAGCCUUUCGUCAUACAGUACAUAUGUUCAAACACCAAGCCAAUAAUGAUCCUUUUAAAAUCACUUCUCUCUAGGCUGGAAUACUGCUGUAUAUUAACAUCGUUCAAAAAAGGUGAAAUUGCAGAUCUAGAGUGUACAUGUAUGUACACAUGUAUGUUCCAUCAGACACCAACUACUGCGAACGCUUGGAAUCUCUUUGAUUUGUACUCGCUGGAACGCAGGCGAGAGAUAUAUCAUAAUCUACACUUGGAAUAUCCUAGAAGGAAUUGUCUCGAAUCUCUACACAGAAAUCACUCCCUACGAAAGUAAAAGACUGGGCAGGAGGUGUAAAAUACCCCGAAUGACAAGUAGGGGCGCCAUUGGUACACUAAGAGAAAACGCCAUAAGUGUCCAUGGCCCAAGACUGUUCAACAGCCUCCCACCAGGCAUAAGGGGAAUUACCAAUAGGCCCCUGGCUGCCUUCAAAAGGGAGCUGGACAGAUACUUAAAGGUUGUGCCGGAUCAGCCGGGCUGUGGUUCGUACAUUGGACUAUGUGCGGCCAGCAGUAACAGCCUGGAUGAUCAGGCCCUGAUCCACCAGGAAGCCUGGUUGUGAACCGGACCGCAGGGGCGUUGAUCCCCCGAAUACUCUCCAGGUAGACUCCAGGCAGGUUGACCACAAAACUUCAAACAACUCCAAUAAUUAUGAACACCUCAGAACCUCUACAAUUAUCACAACACGCUAACAGAUAUAAAAAGUACCAUAAUAACCACAACACACCUAGAAACAACGUCUGGACGGUAUAUUUUAGACCAAUGUGUGGUACUGCUGCUAAUAUUCAAGUUUUACGGUGCCAGCUUUUCCAAUAUAUCUUUGUUAUUCCCA